AUGUUUAAAAAAUAUGAUUAUAAUUCUAUUGAAUAAGACGAAGAAAACAAUAUAAUACGUGAUUUUUCAACUGCAAAACUAAGAUUGAAUUUCGUUUACAAAGUAUACGGAAUUCUUGCAACUUAAUUAUUAAUUACUACAUUAUUCGUAGUAAUGUCUAUGUUUUUCUUUUAAUUUGCAUAAUUUCAAACAGAUUAUUGGUUCUUGGCUAUAAUAGCAAUAAUCAUAUCAAUAAUAAUAAUUUAUGCAUUAAUAUGUUAUCCAUAAAAUUCAAAAACUGUUCCAACAAACUAUAUUCUUUUAUUAUCUUUUACCAUUUGUGAAUCUUACAUAGUAAGUUUCAUAUGCUCAACAUAUGGAUAAUUAACUGUAUUAAUGUCUGCUGCAGGCACUGUUUUAAUAACAUUGACAAUAACUUUAUAUGCAAUGAAAACAAAGACUGAUUUUACUGUUUGUGGUGGUCUUUUAUGGGUUUCAGUUAUGUGUUUAUUCAUCUUAUCUCUUUUUUAUUUCUUUUUCAGAGUUCCUAUUUUAAAUACUAUUAUUUGUGUUUUCGGAUUAUUUAUAUUUGGACUUUAUUUGGCUUAUGAUACUUAAUUGGUUAUAGGAGGAAAAAAAUAUGAAUUAGAUUUGGAUAAUUAUAUUGUUGGAGCACUAAAUUUAUAUUUAGAUAUUAUUAAUAUUUUCCUUUAUUUAUUAAGAUUAUUAGGAUAAAAAAACUGA